AUGGUGCUCUCGCCAUACGUCUUCGUGCAGACAUCGCCGUUCAGCCCGCUGCCGGACCUGCAGCCCAGUGAGGUUGCUUCGGCACACUGGAUUCCGCUUUCUUUGCUCUACACGCCUAAGCCCAAGUGGGGUACUACGUCGGUGGAUAUCAGCAGUCGUCUGGCGCCAAAGUCGCCGCUCGUUCGAUGGGUGCUACGAGCACUCGUGGGAAAGAUGGACUUCAAGUGUAUUUUGUUACCCAACGAUCCGGUGGCGGUGGCGGAGUACGACGAAAAUGACGAGGAGGCAGGCUUGCUGGUCGACGCCUCUAAUUACGGCACAGAGAAGGCUGGAUCGUACAUUGCGCGUGUCGAGGAAGGCAAAGCACGGCCAGAGCUGAGACUGUGGGGGUUGACGCUCGGGAUGACGCUCGACCUCCUGUCGCACAUGACGACAUUCAACAGCCACUCGUCGUUCCGCUCUGGAGGCCUGAUGCCCGUCACGCCUACGGCCGAACCUACAUCCCCGUCUCGAAGCUGGUCGACACUUCCCUCGGUGCCACCUCUGCAAGAUGCUGCAUCCAGCUCGAUGCCAACUACUGCAGAGCUCGUCUCGUCCCCGCUCGUCUCGGUCAACCGCGUCAUCGGUCGUGUCAGGGACGAAUUCCACCUCAAUCCGCCACCAGCAUCGCACGCUCUGGCACCGAGUCUCACCUCGGUCUUCCCGCGCUUCUCGUACCCAGACGUCAACUUUUGGAUUUGGUUCUUUGGCUGGCGCUACCGCAACGUGGUGAGGGGAUGGGAGUCGAGUGUGGGCACGCGGAUGGAGCGCAAGUUUAACUGGAGCGGGAUGGCGUUGGGUGCGUUCUACAGUGCGGUGAGGCGGGCGCUGGUGGUAGCGGUGAUGCUGAGGGCCUUGGGCAUGUUGUCGGCGGCGAGUGUGGCCACGUGGUUGGUGGGGAGGAAGGUGAACAGGAGCAGGAAGGGGCUGUCUGGUUUGGGUUUGGAUGAGCUGCUGUCUUGA